GGAAUACGUGCCAGGUUGAUAAAGACAGGCGGGGUCAGUCUGGAGGGUCUAUAUAAGGGUUGACGGAAGCAGUCUCGUGCGCGCUUUAUCUUCCCCUCGCAACCCUAGAAACAGGCUACUGAGUUAUCUUUGAAGACCUGGCAAAAAUGAAGACUGAAUCACCACCACCACCACCCCCAACUCCACCCCCCGCCGCCGCCGACCCGGUGGCCCCAGAGGAGAUAGAGAUGAUGGAUUGUGAUCCGGCGAUGUGGUCUGGGCCAGUUCCGGAGCCACCGGAGCUGGCCAUCAUCAAUCUCCUCAAUGAGGCCGGGGUGCCCUGUGUGCUUGUUGGAGAGCUGGCGCUUCGAGCCUACGGCUUGAAUCUUUAUCCGAAGAGCAUAGAUCUGGUCGUCGCGGACGAGAACGCUCGGCAUGUCGAGGAGCUCCUCGAGGGCCGGGGGCUUGCAUUGUGUUAUGAUCGCCGGUGCUCGCUCUGGGACGAGGGCGACAAAUACUUCCUCUCGGAACUACACUGCCACCUCACAGCUCCCAACAACAUCAAUGAGAGCAUUAGGGGGUGGAAAAACGGCCUCUUACACAUCUGGGCGAAAUCUUUGCUCCUGGAGAAGUUGCCGAAUGGCAUCCCCCUCCCGAACGACAUCGCCGCCCACGACCAGAACUUCAUGCUGACCUCCGACCCCCGCCUCCCCGAGCUGGCCCUCGACCUGUUGGGCGGGAUACCCACUCGGUGGAUCGGCCGUUGGGCGGCGGGAGUCGUGAUCCUGACGCCCAAGGCCUUCCUGGAGCAGAUGUUCUGGCACGUGCUCCGGGACUUCCGUCCUUACGACGCCAAGUUCAAAAGUCCCUGGGAGGUGCACAUGUGCAGGUUCGUCCUCUGGAUUACGAGCCAGCCCCCAGAUUCCUAUAUGCUCUGUCCGAGUGUCGCAACCCUCAGCUGGACAGCGGCGCGGCAGUUUCUUGAGCUGCUGAGCAGCCCUUACGUCGGCCACCAAGACGCCUGGAACUUUUUCUUCAUGCUGCAGGGCGUGUGGCACAGAGAAGGGCUGCUGACAAAAAACCCGCGACAAGGCAGGCAAGUACUCCAGGCUGUCGAGGAUUAUGCCCUGGAGGACUGAGCUGCGGCGAAGAUCGGUACUGUUGGUGUCGCCUUUUGAC